CGAGGAGCCCGCCGCAGCGCUCGGGCGGGACAGGCUGCACGGCGUGCUCGACAUGGUGAAGGGGGAAGGUUUCGACAAGCUCGACCUGUCGAGGUGUGCGCUGGUCGGGGCGUCCGGGGUGAUGAAGGGCUCGCACAAGGGCGCGGAGAUCGAUGGGCACACUGCCGUCAUCAGGAUCAACCGCCUGCCCAGGGGCGAGUACUACGCCGACUUCGGCGCAAAGACUGACUUCUUGUAUGUCAGCCACGAGUGGCAGGGGGCCGUCUCUUUGAUGGGUGGUGAAAACGCCAAGGUGAUCAAGUGCGCCGACGCCGUCGGUUGUCCCAAGGCCGGGAUCAUUGCCCGCGGG